AUGAAACAGACUCAACAACAAACUAAACUUAGUGAAUCUUCCGAAAAAGCCUCAAUUGAGGAGACUAAGAAUGAGAAUGAGGAUAUUAGCGAUGAUAAUGAAGAUAUUGCUGAUAAAUUACUGGCUAGGAUUGAAGCAAAACGCGUCGAAGAGGAAAAAAAUGCUGCUUUAAAAAUUUCGGAGCCUUCAAAUAAAAUCCCAAAAAGCAAAAAACCAAAUCGACAAAAAUUAAGAAAGGCACGUAAAGCAGCCGAGAUGGCUGAAUUACAACGCGAAGCUGAAAAUGAAGCAAAAAAUCAACCUAAUAUGAAAGAAGUCGAGCGCGAGAAAAUCAUAGACAUCGUUACCAUGAUGGGAUUAUCUAUUAAAGAGACUGAUUAUAAAGAACUAAGGCGUAAAACAGCGGCAUAUAUGCGUGAAAACCCUGACGAUUUUAUUCCGUUUUUACCGACCAAAGACGAUGGAAAAUGUAGUCCGGAACAAUUUAGUAAAUAUUGUGAUGAAUUGGAGAAUACAGCCGUUUGGGGUGGACAAUUAGAAAUUAUUGCGAUUUCGAAAGCUUUUAAAUUACCGGUUCAUGUAAUUCAAAUGAAUUCACCAUUGAUGAAAAUUUCUGAUGAUGAAUUCCUAAACAAAGAACCGAUUGUAAUAUCAUACCAUCGACAUAUGUAUGGAUUAGGAGCUCAUUAUAAUUCACUUCGAAAAAUUUGA